AUGACAACAGAGGAAAAAAUCCAGAAAGCCCUCGCGCUAAGUGUGGAACGUGCCAAGUCACGUGGAUUCACACGUGAGUAUCAAGAUCAGAAGGAGUUCAAAGACAACAUCAUUAGCCUCCAAGAGCUCGCUCCAGCUACAGCUAAGAAAUACGACGAUGUGGUAUUUAUCUGGGGUUUAUGGAGGCUUUCUCGUAAUGAGCCAGUACAGAAAAACUUCUCAAAAGAUGAGCCUGAUCCCACUCCACAACAACUCAAAUUAUUCGCCGAACACUAUAUCACAACGCGAAGAGAGCUUCCUUCCAAGAAAACUACAUGCGGUAGUCUCAUCAGUUUAAUCUCACACUGGGAACGAACGACUUACAGAUCCCUUGACCGUAAAGUCAAGACAGACGUCCUCAACUUUAUUCGCAAUGACCUCACAAAGCAAUAUGGACUACGGACAAAACCUAGAGAGCGGUUUCCAGUCACAGCGAAAGACAUAGACUAUCUUCUUCACUAUCUCUUUAAUCGUGAUUAUCAUGACUUCAAGCAUGAGAGAGCGCGCGUGCAAACUGCCAGCUCUCUAUCCCUAUUCGCAGGUUCGGGCUCUAGAGCAGGAGCUGUUGUUGAAUCGAGCUCGUACCGCAACUCCAAUGAAUGCUUAUACUACAGGCAUAUGAAAUUCCAGAUUAAAUGGGGUAAUGAUGGCGAGUUAAUACGCUGGGUAACAAUUGACUCCGAGUUCCUUAAAGGUCAUCGAUAUAACGAUGAUAUAGACAUGCCUAAAAAUUGGUUUCGAGGGCACCCAGUCCUUGGGAAAAAUUUUGUCUUUUGGGUUAUUGUCCAUGGAGUAGCCGACGGAGCCUUUAAAGGCCUCACUACAGUGGAGAAGGUCCUUAGCAUAACGCCACCGCAAGGGAGAGAGUCGUGGACACUUGAAUGGGAUGCAGACGCAAAAGACCUCCCAUUUUUUCGAGCAGUGACCCCCAACGGCCCGGAAGCUACUAAGGCAUUAUCCUUUUCCUCUUUACACCAUAACAACAAGAGCCUCGCCAAACGUGACGGAUUUAAAGAUAACUUACGGGUUCAUGGGAUUAGAGGUGCGGUUGCAAACAAAAUUGAUCCCAAGGCAUCAGAGGCCACUCGUGGUCAGGCUCUUGAUCACCAAGAUCAUAAUACCUACCUUAAAUACCAGGCUCUACUAAAGGCCUUGGAUAUAGGGGCUUUAUAUAAUGACUUAGAGCCUGACUACGAAUGCCGCGAUAUGGAACAAAGCAUGUCUCACCAUAGGGAUACCAAUGCUCCACAGAAACUCAACGCAGCAACCUUCACCCAAUUCCACGAACGGGAGGAUAUCAUCGAGAUAGAGAAGGCAGUAUCUGACUUAACCCACCAAAUUGACGGCAAGCCUCAAGAUCAUAAAGACCUUACUAUUCAACGAUCAAAGCUUUAUGGCAUUAAAGCCAAGAGGCUACAGAAGUGGAAGGAUGAAUGCGUUAAAAGGUGGUGGGAUAUCUCAUAUGAUGAAUAUAUCGCUGGGAACGACUUCUCCGAACGCGAUAGCACACCCCUUUUCGACAUUUAUAAGAAGUACGUGCCGGAGCGCGCCCGUCUUAGCGAAAACCUCUUUCAAGAAGCAAGUCUUGAUAGCAAGCUUGGAAAACAGUGUCUUAGUGAUUUAGUCACUAUUUGCACGUCCACAGAACGGGUUGCUUACUAUCCUAACAUGUCGCCUAAAGAGGGCCAGUGUCCGACUUGCGCUAAAGUCAUAUCUGAGGUAGGGCCAAACAUAUUUUACAGUGUCAACGAAAAUCCCUAA